AUGGCUUCCCCGGAACGCAAAGAAAACAACGACUCCAACGCUACGGCCGUCGACGCGGCCCGUAGCGUGGUAGAAACACGUUACCAUGACUUGGCCAAAGAAAGAGAAUUAUGUGUUGAUAAAAUCUUCUAUGACGGACACGACCUUCAAGAACUUGAUCCAAAUCUCGUUGUUUUGUCUCGAGAGACCAACGAACACCCUCGAGCCUGGCCGCGAAGAAAGAAAUGGACCGUCACUUUCAUUACUGGUGUAUACUGCUUCCUCGCUCCAUUUACGAGCACCAUAUUCGCACCUUCCCUGAAAUCAAUGAUGGCGGACCUUGGUGAAACCGAUCCAAUUAAGGGUGCUCUCCAAGUGUCCAUAUUCUUACUCUCUUUUGCCCUCGCGCCAAUCUUCUUGGCGCCUUUGAGUGAAAUCUACGGUCGAAGAAUUGUUCUUCAAUGCGGAAAUCUAUUUUUUGCUGCUUUCUGCUUAGGAGGAGGCUUCGCCAAAACGACUGCUCAGCUCGCUGUCUGCAGAUUCUUCAGUGGCGUUGGAGGUUCAGCGUCUCUCUCGGUGUAUGGAGGCAUCUUAACCGAUAUGUGGGAUUUUGCGGAUCGUGCUAGAGCCUCUGCGAUGCUAGGAAGUGCGCUGUUGCUCGGGCCAAUUCUUGGGCCUUCUUGUGGAGGUUGGAUGUCUGAACGAGCUUCCUGGAGGUGGACGUGUUGGGUGCCAGCAAUGGCUGCCGUUGCCCUUGACUUGAUGGCUCUGCUUCUCUUCCACGAAACUUACAUUCCCACUAUUCUACAGAACAAAGUUCAGCGAGUCAAGAAGGAAUACCCAAGUCAAGCGUGGUACACUGUUCUAGAUUUGCGUCCCAGAGAUACCAGCAAAGGAAAGGCUUCCACAAUUAUCGAGUCUGCAAUUAGACCCCUCAUAUAUGUGACCCUCGAUCCCGCUCUUUUCCUACAAUCGCUGUAUUACGCCUUCAUAUUCGGGGUUCUGUACCUUGUGAUCACUACAUUCGAACGUGUAUUCGGUGGUGGUUAUGGCCAUUCGCCGGGUAUAGUCGGUAUGGACUUGAUGUCCGAAGGUAUCGGCGCAUUGAUUGGCAUGCAAGGCAGCGCUGUCAUCGUACAAUAUAUAUACAAGCGAGAAAUCAACAAAAACAAGGAGUACAAACCAGAAACAAGGCUCAUCAGCGCUUUUCCCGGCGCAUUUUGUGCCUCUGCUGGGUUGUUCCUGUAUGGAUUUUCAGUUUUAAAGACUCACUUCAUGGUCCCUCUUGUUGGAGUAGCCGUGUUUACCGUCGGCAUGGCGAACACAUUUUUGGCAAUACAACUUUAUAUCAUCGACUGUUUUGAGUAUCCUGCGUCAGCAAUGGCCGGAUUGUCUGUAUUACGAUGUCUGUUUGCGGCAGUUUUUCCUUUGUUUGGAGACCGCCUGUUCGAAUGUUUGGGUGUUGAUUGGGGAGUUGGGCUUUUAGCUUUUCUAUCCGUUGGACUAGGCGCUCCGUUCUUGUUGGCGUUGUAUUUCUACGGCCCACAACUCAGAGCUGUCGGGAAGAAAAAUCGCGCCAAGUUCCUUGGAUGA